UAUCGGAACGUUCCUAGAUCUGUUUCCCUCGCUUAUUCGCUUAUCCAGUAUUGUGUAAUUUUCAUACAAAUAAAUUAUUUUUCAAUGUCCAAGUAGAUAAUUGCUAUCUAGAUGUUUCAUUUUUGUGAUUAUGAUGUCAAUUGAUCAUAAUUUGGUAAAAAGUGAAUUGUUACAGACCGUUUGUUUACAAUAUCAUAGUUGAGUGUGUAUUCAACUACAAUAGCACUCAACCGAAGUCAUCAACCAAUAACCUAAAUAUUCCGGUUUUCAAUAGUUUCAUCUUCAGGAAAAAGAUGAAAUUAUUAUGUGUUGUAGAAGUUAAUAACCGGCUGCUGCCAACGCUAUCAUUGCUUUCACGCAGGGGCAGAAAAUCCACAUUAAGAAUUGUUUCGAUGGGAAACAUCCCCAACACUGCUGUUCUCCUGCAUCAAACUGCUGAAAAUGUUUCAGGGACAACAUAUAAGAUUUUCAAUAAUGUGGAAACUAUCUUCUCGCGAUUCAUCAAUGAAGGAAAAGCAACUAUAAGACUGAAGUUACCUGAGGUUGAUCUAUCAAUCAAGGCUGAUCCUCUUCAACUGAAAUGUUUUCUUAAGACUUUUGCCAGUUUGUUGGUAAAGAAAGACUCUUCCGAGAGUAAAUUACCCAAGCUUAAUUCCACAUCUGAUCGUAGAUUGCCGCCAGGGCAAGUAAAAACGAAACUAGUCAUUACCAAAGUUUCCGAGUUACCAUCUAGUCGAUACCCCAUCACCCUCACUACUCUCCAGAUUAACAAUGUUCGAUUGAAAACUAUUGAUUCGAGGAUAUAUAGUUUGAGGGUUUUAAAAGUUCUGAAUAUAUCCAACAAUCAGAUCACUAAUCUUCCGAAACAAUUGGGAUUCAUGAAUCUCAAGGAACUCUAUUUGGCUGACAAUAGACUUGGGACUGCACAGAAUUGGAAUUGGGUCAGUUUUGACAUGAUUCAAAGCUCGCUACAGUUGCUUGAUCUGACAAAUAAUCAGUUGAAGUGUCUACCCGUUGAAUUGGGAAGAUUCAACAGUUUGGUGACUUUGAGGUUAUGUAAUAAUCGGAUUGUCAGAUUGCCUCCAGGAAUAGGAAAACUAAAAUCAUUAAAAAAUCUUUCAAUCGCGAACAACAGAAUAGAGUGGCUGCCCUCGACCUUUCGAUCGCUCAGGUUGACCCUGUUUGAUAUAUCCAAAAAUAACUUCAAACAAGGCAACCAAAGAAACACCGAAUUUGAGAUCCCGAGUUUAGCUCAACUUGCCGCAUCUGUAUUUCUCGACCUCAAUACACGAUACUCGUCGAAAACGCUGCCGCCGACACUGGUCUCCUACCUGGACUGCUUUACGGAGUGCGAAUGCGGCCGGCCCACACUUUCAUCGAGGCCAUUCCUGCUCGAGGAGUUCGAAGCUCGCCGAGUGUGCUCGUCGCUCGUGUGGGACUCGGCACUCGGCAUCAACUCGACGGUCGGCCUCCACUGCUGCCAGCCGCAGUGCGCUACCGACUACUUCCAAGCUCUCCACCGGCACAGAGUGAUUGUCCCCGGCUCACACUCUGUAGCAUCUCAGAAGAGAAGGUAGCGUAGCGGUUUCGAUCAAGGAAGAUGAGUAGCAAAAGAUGACUCAGCUCAUAACGCACUGAAGAAUGGCUGCUUUAGUCUCGCACUGGUAGUGUAGUGAGUGGUCUGGAACACUUUUUACCUUCACCUAAAAGUCUGGUGUAACAGUCAGUAAAGUUCUAUCACAACAGUCACAGUUAUCACACAGAUACGGGAAGUGCCAGUCCCAAAUAAUAUUGUUCGUUUCUAGUUCUCUGGGGGAAAGGAUAACCGACCGAGCCCUUCACAAUUUUUACUGAUCUAACAUUAACAAAUCUAUACCUAAUCAUUUAUCCAAUUAAACUCAAAUAUAAACUCAAUCCUAGAAUAAUUAUCAUUUCAAAGCAAAAUUUAUAUAAUUGAGGCGGUAUACGGAAAAAGGGCACAUAGAGCAAAAUUGCGUUUUGAGAAAAAUGCAUCCAAAGUUUUAGUUUGAGUUGAAAUAUAUAUUUUAUGAAAAAAUUAAACAUUCUGUUACUACCUUAUAAAAAUUCAAUAUUUUGUUUCCAUGUUCAUUAGAAGUUAUACAUGAUUAUAUGUUUAACUCAUUCCAAUAAAGAUGAUUGAAAAAUAGAUUACAUAUGCCCUUUUUCCAGAGACUUAAUUUUUUAUGUACAAAUUCAGGUUUCAUUAAGGCCUCUUUCACACGAUAGGCCAGUUUCACACGGCAGAGACCUCGCUCCUGGAAUAUCAUAUUACGGA